AUGUCUUCCACUGGAGCAAAGCAAUACAAUGAGAAGCCCUCGAAAGAGUUCCUCGAUGCCAGCGAAGGCGAUAAUCCUGCGAAUAACUCCGCUGCUGCUUCGUCAUCUUCGUCUUCUACAUCAACAUCCGCCUCGUCAUCGGCUGCAGCCGUUCCACGGAAAGCCGCAGCCGCUUCUGCCGCUGAUGACUCGGACUCAGAUGAAGACAUAGACCAAUUGAUUGAUGAACUACAAUCCAACUAUGGUGAGAGUGAUGAGUCUGGUGAAGAAGAAGUGCGCACCGAUGGAGCACAUGCUGGCCAAAGGGUUGUUCCUGAAAAGGAUCUUUCUACGGACCCCGCAUAUGGUUUAACUUCGGAUGAAGUGGCCAGAAGAAGAAAGAAAUAUGGGCUAAAUCAAAUGGCUGAAGAAAAUGAAUCGUUGAUUAUUAAGUUUUUAAUGUUUUUCGUGGGCCCAAUUCAAUUCGUUAUGGAGGCAGCUGCUAUUUUGGCAGCCGGUUUGUCUGAUUGGGUCGAUUUCGGUGUUAUCUGUGCUUUACUGCUAUUAAACGCGUCUGUCGGAUUUAUUCAAGAGUUCCAGGCAGGUUCCAUUGUGGAUGAGUUGAAAAAGACGUUAGCUAAUACUGCAACAGUCAUUAGAGAUGGCCAACUGAUCGAAAUUCCGGCUAAUGAGGUGGUUCCUGGUGAGAUUUUACAAUUGGAAAGUGGUACGAUUGCCCCCGCAGAUGGUCGUAUUGUCACUGAAGACUGUUUUUUGCAAAUCGAUCAAUCGGCUAUCACCGGUGAAUCUUUAGCCGCCGAAAAACAUUACGGUGAUGAGGUGUUCUCCUCGUCCACUGUGAAAACCGGUGAGGCUUUUAUGGUCGUUACUGCGACUGGUGACAAUACCUUUGUCGGCAGGGCAGCCGCCUUAGUGGGUCAAGCUUCUGGUGUAGAAGGUCAUUUCACUGAAGUUUUGAAUGGAAUUGGUAUUAUCUUACUUGUUCUGGUCAUCGCUACUCUAUUGUUGGUCUGGACCGCAUGCUUCUAUAGAACUGUCGGUAUUGUAAGCAUUUUGAGAUACACAUUAGGUAUAACUAUCAUUGGUGUUCCAGUAGGUUUGCCAGCCGUUGUUACGACGACCAUGGCCGUCGGUGCAGCUUACUUGGCUAAGAAGCAAGCCAUUGUUCAAAAGUUGUCUGCUAUCGAAUCCCUCGCCGGUGUUGAGAUUUUAUGUUCUGACAAGACUGGUACUUUGACCAAAAACAAGUUAUCUUUACACGAGCCAUACACUGUUGAAGGUGUUUCUCCAGAUGACUUGAUGUUGACCGCUUGUUUGGCUGCUUCCAGAAAGAAGAAGGGUUUGGAUGCUAUCGAUAAGGCCUUUUUGAAGUCCUUGGUUGAGUAUCCAAAGGCUAAGGAUGCCCUGACUAAGUACAAGGUUUUGGAAUUCCACCCAUUUGACCCUGUCUCCAAGAAGGUUACCGCCGUUGUAGAAUCCCCAGAAGGCGAAAGAAUUGUUUGUGUCAAAGGAGCUCCAUUGUUCGUUUUGAAGACUGUCGAAGAAGAUCACCCAAUUCCAGAAGACGUUCAUGAAAACUACGAAAACAAGGUCGCUGAAUUGGCUUCUAGAGGGUUUCGUGCUCUAGGUGUUGCUAGAAAGAGAGGUGAAGGCCAUUGGGAAAUUCUAGGUGUUAUGCCAUGUAUGGACCCACCCAGAGAUGACACCGCUCAAACAAUCAAUGAAGCUAGAAACCUUGGUUUGAGAAUCAAGAUGCUAACCGGCGACGCCGUUGGUAUUGCCAAAGAAACUUGUAGGCAAUUAGGACUCGGUUCAAACAUUUACAACGCAGAAAGAUUAGGUCUAGGAGGUGGAGGUGAUAUGCCCGGCUCAGAGUUGGCUGAUUUUGUUGAGAACGCCGAUGGUUUUGCUGAAGUUUUCCCACAACAUAAAUACAGAGUUGUUGAAAUCUUGCAAAACAGAGGUUACCUGGUUGCUAUGACCGGUGAUGGUGUUAACGAUGCUCCGUCCUUGAAAAAGGCUGAUACUGGCAUUGCUGUCGAAGGUGCUACUGAUGCUGCCAGAUCUGCUGCUGAUAUUGUUUUCUUGGCUCCUGGUUUAUCUGCUAUUAUUGAUGCAUUGAAGACUUCCAGACAAAUUUUCCACAGAAUGUACUCUUACGUUGUUUACCGUAUUGCCCUGUCCUUACAUUUGGAAAUUUUCCUGGGACUAUGGAUUGCUAUCUUGAACAACUCUUUGGAUAUUAACUUGAUUGUUUUUAUUGCUAUCUUUGCAGAUGUUGCCACUUUAGCAAUUGCUUAUGAUAAUGCCCCUUAUGCUCCUGAACCUGUAAAAUGGAACCUACCAAGAUUAUGGGGUAUGUCUAUUAUUUUGGGUAUUGUUUUAGCCAUAGGUUCUUGGAUUACUUUAACCACCAUGUUCUUGCCCAAUGGUGGUAUUAUCCAAAAUUUUGGUGCCAUGAAUGGUGUCAUGUUCCUGCAGAUUUCAUUAACAGAAAAUUGGUUGAUCUUCGUCACUAGAGCGGCUGGACCAUUCUGGUCUUCUAUUCCAUCAUGGCAAUUAGCUGGUGCCGUCUUCGCCGUCGAUAUCAUUGCUACCAUGUUUACCUUAUUUGGCUGGUGGUCGGAAAAUUGGACUGAUAUUGUGUCCGUGGUUCGUAUUUGGAUCUGGUCCAUCGGGAUUUUUUGUGUAUUGGGGGGAUUUUAUUAUAUUAUGUCCACGUCUCAAGCCUUCGACAGAUUGAUGAAUGGUAAGUCAUUAAAGGAAAAGAAGUCUACUAGAAGUGUCGAAGAUUUUAUGGCUGCUAUGCAAAGAGUCUCUACUCAACACGAAAAAAGCAGCUAA